UUCAUUGGGUUCCUCAAUACGCACUUGCUGUAACUUUAGAAUUUUUAUAUCCAGAACAAUGCAACGAGCUAUUCUAACAAUUUCUCGAAAUAUGGCUUCGCUGAGCCAAGUAAGAAUGGUUGGUGAACGUGGAUCUGGAGCUGGUAAAGGAGGUGGUGGUGGUGGAUCUAUUCGAGAUGCUGGUGGAUCCUUUGGAAAAAUGGAAGCGGCUCAUGAAGAUCAGUAUUUCUAUAAUCUGCAAAAAGAACAACUUCAAAAGCUUAAAGAGGAUCUCCAUGAUGAGAUUUCCUUUCACGAAGAACAAAUCAAGCGUCACCAAGAAGCUAUAAACCGUAACAAAAAAAGAAUCACAGAUAUGACUCAGGAAUAAAAAGAUACACUUAACGAUAUAUUUCUAUUUUUUAAGCGUGAUGUUAUUCCUCCUAAUGCUGUAACUGUUAUAUUACUAUUAAUAGUAAUUAUAGUAGUCAUUUAUGUAUGUUCAUACCUUUUUUUCAAGCUACAAAAUAUUAUAUACA